GUCUUCCUAGCAUGCAGUGAAUAUGGUCUUGAAACUUUGAGACUGAUUUUGAAUCUGAAGUAUAUUAGCAAAUCUUUUUUUUUUUUUUUCUUCUUGUUUUAUACUGUAAAACAAUCAUGAAGUGAAAGUGUAGUUGAGAUUAUGUGAUUUAUCAAUCUAGUAUUGUCAGUCUCUAUGAAACCAAUUUAUAUAGAAAUAUAAUGUCUGGAGAUUUGUGUACCACAACCGUCUUGUCGGUUAUGUUGAUACAUGAUCUAUGACGGUUGAAUCACUUUCUUGAUAUAUAAUAUGGUCAUAUAAUCUUUAUAUUAUUUUAAAUUGUGUAUUCUUUCAUCCUACUUUAAGGUCUCCAAUGGAGAAUACAUCAAAUACCUUGAUGCAAAGAUAUGAAUUAGGAAGAUUACUAGGCAAAGGCACGUUUGCAAAGGUUUACUAUGGACGGAGUGCAAUAACUAACCAGAGUGUGGCUAUUAAAGUGAUUGACAAGGAUAAGGUUUUCAGAACUGGGCUAGCUGAUCAUAUCAUAAGGGAAAUAUCUGUUAUGCGACUGGUGAAACAUCCAAAUAUUAUACAGAUUUUUGAGGUCAUGGCCACCAAGAAAAAUAUUUACUAUGUUAUGGAAUAUGCUAAAGGUGGCGAGCUUUUUAAAAAGGUGGCCAAAGGAAAACUCAAAGAAGAUGUUGCACACAAGUAUUUUAAGCAGCUAGUUAAUGCAGUGGAUUUUUGUCACAGUAGAGGGGUUUACCAUAGAGAUAUAAAGCCAGAGAACCUUCUAUUGGAUGAAAAUGAGAACCUAAAGGUCACAGAUUUUGGGUUAAGUGCUCUGGCUGAGUCCAAACGGCAGGAUGGUUUGCUUCAUACAACUUGUGGAACACCAGCCUAUGUUGCUCCUGAAGUCUUCAAAAGGAAGGGUUAUGAUGGUGCCAAAGCUGAUGUUUGGUCUUGUGGUGUAGUUUUGUUUGUCUUACUUGCAGGUUACCUUCCUUUUCGUGACUCAAAUUUGAUGGAGAUGUAUAGGAAGAUAAACAAAGCAGAGUUUGCAUGUCCUAAUUGGUUCCCAAGAGAAGUCAGGAAGCUAUUGUGCAAGAUUUUGGAUCCUAAUCCUAACACUAGGAUUUCCUUACCUAGGAUUCAGCAGUGUUCUUGGUUUAAGAAAGGGCCAAAUGGUAAACAGAAAAAGCAUGAACAAAGUGAUGGUGUUGCAGCUGAAGCAAGACAAGAAUCAGUUACACCAGUAAGUAUAAAUGCCUUUGAUAUCAUCUCCCUUUCCUCUGGCUUUAAUCUUUGUGGAUUAUUUGAAGACAGUUUUCAGAAAAGGGAAGCAAGAUUUACUUCAAGAAAAUCUGCAACAGUCAUUAUAUCCAGACUGGAGGAAAUUGCAAAGAGAUUGAAGCUGAAAAUAAAGAAAAAAGCUUCAGGUUUGUUGAAACUAGAGGGCCUUGAUGAAGGUAGGAAGGGGAUUUUAUCCAUUGAUGCAGAGAUCUUUGAGGUUAAUCCAUUUCUCCAUUUGGUAGAGGUGAAAAAAUCAAAUGGAGAUACAUUGGAAUAUCAGAAAAUAUUAAAAGAGGAUAUAAGGCCAGCUCUUCAAGAUAUUGUUUGGGUUUGGCAAGGUGACCAACAAGAACAAUUACAACAAUCGGAGCAGAUACAUGACCUGCAGCAACAACAUUCGCAAUCAUAACAGAUUCUCAGUUUUUUUUUUUUUGUUUUUUUUUUGUAAUACUUCAUGCAUAUUGUUUAUAUGUGCAUCUCAGGGUAUGCCCAAUUUUCUAAAAUAAUGUUGCUUCUGCAUAUCUUUCUUGUGUUUCAUGAGACCAUGACCUUAUUGUAACAUAUGUAGUGUCCCAAAUUCUGUUUGUAGAUGUUAAUUUGAAAGUUUAUGUAUACUCAUUGU